AUGGCAACUAGUAAUUUAAUUUCGGCGCCGGAAAAACAUAUUUUUCGAAGCCGAUAUCCAUCGGUUCCUGUGCCAGACAACAUAACGUUGCCGGACUUUGUGCUUCAAGACUCUGAGUUUUACGCGGAAAAGGUGGCGUUUGUGGACGCUGUCACCGGAAAAGAGUAUACUUACGGCCAAGUGACUAGAGAUAUUAGAAGGUUCGCUAAGGCGUUGAGGUCUCUUGGUUUGAGGAAGGGAAGAGUGGUGGUGGCUGUACUCCCAAAUUUAGCAGAAUAUGCCAUUGUUGCUCUAGGAAUAAUGACUGCCGGCGGAGUAUUUUCCGGUGCAAAUCCAUCGUUGCAUGCAUCGGAAAUAAAGAAGCAAGUGGAGGCUGCUGAUGCCACACUUAUUGUCACUGAUGUACCAACUUAUGAGAAGGUUCAAGGUCUGGGACUACCGGUCAUUGUACUGGGCGAAGAACGCAUUGAUGGCACAAUACUUUGGGAUGAAUUGCUCGAAGCCGCAGACAAAGCCAGCACCUGCAAUAUUAUCACAGAAACCCUCCACCAGACUGAUCUAUGUGCCCUUCCAUUCUCAUCUGGCACUACAGGACUCUCAAAGGGUGUAAUGCUGACCCAUCGCAACCUAGUAGCCAAUCUCUGCUCCACACUCUUCAGUGUGGGACCAGAACUGGUGGGCCAGGUCACCACACUGGGUCUAAUCCCAUUCUUCCAUAUAUACGGGCUCACUGGAAUUUGCUGUGCCACUCUCAGAAACAAAGGGAAAGUAGUGGUGAUGGAGAGGUAUGAGCUUCGGGCGUUUCUGAAUGCACUGAUUGAGCAUGAGGUCACAUUUGCGCCCAUUGUGCCGCCAAUUAUUUUGGGGUUGGUGAAGAAUCCUAUAGUGGAUGAGUUUGAUCUGGGUAAGCUAAAUCUCAGGUCCAUCAUGACUGCAGCCGCUCCCCUUGCCCCAGAGAUUCUCAGUGAAUUCGAAAAGAAGUUCCCUGGUGUCGAGGUCCAAGAGGCAUAUGGAAUGACAGAGCACAGCUGCAUUACCCUUACGCAUGGGGACCCGAAUAAAGACCAUGGCAUUGCAAAGAAACACUCAGUUGGGUUCAUUCUUCCCAAUUUGGAAGUGAAAUUCAUCGAUCCAGACACGGCUCAGUCGCUCCCCAAGAACACCCCGGGUGAGAUCUAUGUCAGAAGCCAAUGUGUGAUGCGAGGUUACUACAAAAAUGAAUAUGAGACUGCCCUCACCAUUGAUGAAAAUGGGUGGCUUCGCACUGGUGACAUUGGUUACAUUGAUGAUGAUGGAGAUGUUUUUCUAGUGGAUCGCAUCAAAGAAUUAAUCAAGGUCAAAGGAUUUCAAGUUGCUCCUGCUGAAUUAGAGGGCAUCCUUUUGAGUCAUCCUUCGGUUGAAGAUGCUGCUGUCGUGGGGCUGCCUGAUGAAACAUCUGGGGAGAUACCAGCUGCAUGCGUGGUGAUGAACUCAAACGCGGAAGAGAAUCAACAGGAGAUUAUGGACUUCAUUGCAUCAAAUGUAGCGCAUUAUAAGCGAGUUAAAGUGCUGCAAUUUGUGGACAGAAUUCCCAAAUCGCCGUCUGGAAAGAUAAUGAGAAGGCUCAUCAAAGAACAAAUGCUUGAAAAUAUGAACGCCAACUCCAAAGCCUCUGCAAUAAGAAGGCUUUGA